AGAAGAGUGUAGUUGACUGUCGACCGAAGUAAAAGAAACUCGACACACUGUGCGUCUACAGUUUAUCAAACUGUUCAAGUCGAAAUCGAAACAGUUCCCGGUUCUUUUCCCCUUCACGCCGCGAAAAAUAAUCGAGUAAAUAAUCUUCUUCUCUCUUACUAUGUCCGCCAUGCGUGUUGCCGGUUUCUUAUCCACAAUUCUUUUCGUUAUGCAAACACGCAAUGCCUUUGGAGAAAUGUUCACUGCCUUGGUAGACAUGGAGGGACUUGUAUCCACAGAGUAUGAGCUUGUUAAACAACUAGAUAACUAUAUACAAGAAGAAGAAACCAAGUUGAAACAGCUGAGAGGAUACAUGGAAGAAUACGAGAGCAUGUAUCAGGAAGCAAUUACAGAUGUCUCUAAAUAUUUGGCAAAUCCAGUCAAUGCUUUUUUACUUGUCAAACGCCUCACCUCUGAUUGGAAAAAGAUCGAAGAGGUGAUGACUCAAAAUGUUGGCUCUGCGUUUGUUAAAAACUUAACUCAGCACCGGACAGACUUGCGUUUCCCAUCUGACGAGGACUUGAAUGGAGCAGCAGUAGCUCUAAUGAGACUGCAAGAUACUUAUAAACUAGACACUCACGCUUUAGCUAACGGGAAUUUGUUGGGGAAGACCUAUUCUCGUCAACUUACAGCCGGUGAUUGUUGGGAACUUGGGCGUCAAUCGUACAAUAAUGACGAUCACUAUCAUACCGUUCUUUGGAUGGGUGAAGCUUUAAACAAAUUUGAUGACGAGUCCAAUAAAACUGUCACGCGGGAAAGCAUUCUCGAAUAUCUGGCUUUUUCCACGUUCAAACAAGGUAAUGUGAUGGAAGCUCUGCAGUUGACUAACGAGUUGCUCAAGAAUGUUCCGUAUCAUCAGCGAGCACUUGGAAACAAGAAACACUACGAACAAGUCCUCCUUGACCAGGGAGAAAUCCUGCACAAUGUAGAUACUGCUGGGUUAGAAAACGUCAUAGCUAAACCAUUUAACACAGCCAAUCUAAAACUGAAAAAACCCAAUGAUCAUUUAGAAGAAAGAGAAAAGUUUGAAAAGCUUUGCAGGGGGGAAAGGUUGAUGAGUCCCGAAAUGGAAAGCCGACUUCAUUGUCGCUACGUAACCAACAACAAUCCCUUCUUUUUCAUUCAACCGCUCAAGAUGGAAGUGGGUUUUCUUAAACCUCUGCUCGUCAUUUAUCACGAAGUAAUUUCAGAUGAGGAGAUUGCAACCGUCAAAAGAAUGGCUCAACCCAGGUUUAAACGAGCAACUAUUCGGAAUCCCAAAACCGGUGAGCUGGAACACGCAAAUUAUCGAAUUUCAAAAUCGGCCUGGUUGAAAACCGAGGAGCACGAGCACAUUUUUAAGGUGACUCGUCGUGUCGGUGACAUCACCGGACUUGACAUGGCUACGGCCGAAGACCUCCAGGUAGUUAAUUACGGCAUCGGUGGACAUUACGAUCCUCAUUACGAUUACGCCAGGGGUGAUAGACUCAACGCUUUCAAGGAACUAGGAUGGGGCAAUCGUAUCGCUACCUGGCUAUUCUACAUGAGUGAUGUCGAGGCUGGUGGUGCUACUGUCUUUCCAACAGUUGGGGCGGCUUUGUGGCCCCGGAAAGGAAGUGCUGCUUUUUGGUACAAUUUGCAUCCAAAUGGCGAUGGUAACGAGUUGACACGUCAUGCUGCAUGUCCCGUCCUCACUGGAUCUAAAUGGGUAUCCAAUAAAUGGAUUCAUGAACACAACCAAGAAUUUCGCCGACCUUGCGGUCUCAAAUCUGAUGCUGAAAUGUAAUGAUUUAGCGACUAAUAAUCGGUUUCCAACAGAACUCUCGAUACUUUCCUGAUGGUUUUUGUGAGGUGUAUAUCUGUCUAUAAUUCUUUUCGUAUCCCUUCCUAUACGAGGCCAAUACAAAGCGUUUUUUUUCUACA